AGCCACUUUCCAAAGGCGUAACUUCUCUUCCUGUGUGUAAAUGUCAAUGUCAAUAAUGCUGUGGAUAAAAUGUCAUGUGCAGGAAACGUUACAGGAGAUGACCACGGUCCUUGGGUGCAAUCAUAACAAGAAUCCGAACAAGAGUGAUCAUGACGAGAAGAGUGCGUGGAGCCUUGUUACCUGUCCGUGAGCGCGCCGGCCUUUCCGUAAACAUCAACAUAUGCGCACAAAGUCUCCUCGUGUCAAGGCAAAUCAUAUACACGCAUGCUGGUCCUGAUUUUGGUGCUUGUAUAUGAGAAUGAUUGGUUUGAUCCCCCCCCAACAUACACACACCCCGUCUACACGCGCACGCACGCACUCACGCACGCAGGCAAGCAGGCAGGCAUGCACGCACACACCCCAACCCCCUGGAUGUAGCAAGCCCAACCACUCCUACAUGCAACUCUUCCAAAUUGAUAUAUGACAAUAUCUACUUUCGAUCACGUGUCCGCCCGGCGACUUAGACGGAUUGCGCGUCAUCUCGCCUUCCCCAAUUUUUCUGUAGUGCUGCAGCUCGCAUCCAAAACAUCUUUAUCGACGGAGCGCGAAAGAUGUUUAACUCGGUCAACCUGAGCAACUUCUGCUCGCAGACACGCAAGGAGCGCACUUCCGACUUUGGGGAGAGGACGGGUUGCGCGUCCAAUCUCUACCUGCCCAGCUGCACCUACUACGUGCCCGAGUUCUCCGCCGUGUCGUCCUUCCUACCGCAGGCCCCGUCGCGCCAGCUCAGCUACCCGUACUCCGGCAACCUCUCGCAAGUGCCGCCACCGCCGCCGCCGCCGGUUCGCGAGGUGUCCUACGGGCUGCACGAGCCGGCCGGCAAAUGGCACCACCGCGGCAACUACGCGUCUUGCUACUCGGCGGCGGGAGAGGAGCUGGUGCAUAGGGACUGCCUCCCGCCUUCCACCAUGACGGACAUGCUCCUGAAAAGCGAGAGCGCCUACAGCCAACACCACGCGCACCACCACCACCAUCACCACCACCAUCCGGGUUCCAACCACCCGUCGGCGGGCUUCUAUUCCGGCGUGGCCAAAAACAGCGUCCUUCCGCAGGGCUUCGACCGCUUCUUCGAGACGGCCUACUGCAGCAGCACGGACAAUCAGACGGAAGCCAGCUGUUUACAAAAGGCCGAGCUAGUGGGGAAGCUGCCGGGCGUCGGCGGCGGUGGUGGCGGCGGUGGCGGCGGUGCUGGCGACCCCCAGCAGCGGCGGCAGCAGCAGCAGCAGGAGCAGCCGCAAUCCGCCUCCGAGCAGGACAAAGACGCGGACGCCGACGCGGACGACGACGCCGACGCCGAUGAGGAGCACACCAACUCGGGCUCUUGCACAUCGUCCUCUGCGGCCACUAAGGAAGCCAGCGGCGGCUCCAAAAGCAGCCACUCCAGCACCCCGCGCACAAGGAAGAAGAGGUGUCCCUACUCCAAGUUCCAAAUCCGCGAACUGGAGCGAGAAUUCUUCUUUAACGUUUACAUCAACAAGGAGAAGCGUCUGCAACUUUCCCGCAUGUUAAACCUCACCGACCGCCAGGUGAAAAUUUGGUUUCAGAACAGACGGAUGAAGGAGAAGAAGCUAAGCAGGGAUCGCCUGCAAUAUUUUUCGGGCAACCCCUUGUUGUGAGCGCCCCGGUCCCUGCUGCCUGCCCGCCUGCAGCGGUCACAGUCUCGGUCAGUGGCAGCGAAAGUGGCCAGCCAUCUUGUCCACUCGCGUCGAACAAUUGCAAGCGUGGCCUUCCCAAAAAUCCUCCGAGGGGGCGCCCACCAUCUUUCGCCAAUGUGGGCUUAUUUUUUUCUAGGCCUGCGUGAGGUUCAAAAACAUUCAUAAUUAAAAAAAAAAAAGUUGCCGUUUUCUUACUGCGCACGGGUGGCGGUGUAUUUCUAGCUGGUUCUCAGAAAAAAAAGGCCGAUAAUAAUUAAAAAAAAAAAAAUCAACUA